AUGGAGAAGCACACAGACUCACCACCAACCUUGCAAGGAGAGCCUUCCUCCCUUUGGGCAGAGAAUCUGAUUCUAGAACCACAAGAGCAGCACCUGACUGAGGAUAAUAUUUCUCUGAAGGAUCAAGUCAUGCCUACCCCGGCCACCUCAAUGAUGCCUGUACCUUGCUCACCUGAGCAUCUCGGCCAGUUUGACGCUGACCCUGCCAGUAUCUCAGGGUUUCUUGCUCAGGCAACUACUGACUUGACAGCUCUCAAGACCCUCAAUCCUGUAGAUAAUGCCCAGGUCAAGUUCUUUUUUGACUAUAUAUCUCAGCAGGUAGAAAGAUGUGGGGUCCUAGCUGGGUCUGACCAGAGUACUCUGCUGAAACAAUAUGAGAAUUUUGUUUUUGAGUUCCAGCAGUCAUUUGGUAAGCCCACAAAACAGGAAAUGAACUCUCUUGCGAAUGCUAAAGUUGACAAAGGAGACGACUCCUUUCCAAAGUGUGCUACCUUACAGCUCCUUGCUCAAAAGAUGAACUGUAAUGAAAUCAUUCUGAGUGACCAGCUCCAAGAGGGACUGGCUGACCCCAUGCAGAAGGAAGUGAGUGGUACAGACAUGAUAGAAAACCUCCCAGACCUCAUCACUCAGUGUAUUCAGUUGGACAGGAAACAUAGUAACAGGCCAGAGCUCCUACAGUCAGAGGCCCAGCUUCCAAGGCUGCCUUCUCUGAUCCACCAUCAAUACCAAUCCAGACCCACAGGUCCACCAACCAAGGAAGAGCCGAUACAGCUGCGGGGAGGCCAGCUGCCUCUCACACCUGCCAAGCGAGCCCGCCAGCAAGAAACCCAGUUGUGCCUCUACUGCAGCCAGCCUGGCCAUGUCACAAAAGAUUGCCUUGCCAAACGUUCUCGAGCCCCAGCAAGGACAAAUGACCCAACUCACCAGUAA